AUGAAGGGAUGGGUGGGCGUGUGGGUUUUCUGGGGCGUGAUGGAGCGUGGCGGGUACGAGGCGGUGACGGGCGGCAAGCUGUGGAAGGACAUCUGCCGCUGCCUGGCGGUGGACCUGGCGGGCCAGACCUCCGCCUCCUUCAACAUGCGCGUCAACUACGAGCGCUGCCUGCUGGACUUUGAGAACUACCUGGCCUGCGGGCAGUACCAGCGCGACCUGGCAGCUGGCUGCGCCCCCGAGUCGGACUUCCUCACAGACCACACCCGCGUCAAGUUCACGAUACCGGGCGUGGACUACUCCACUCCCGUGCCGGGCACGCGGCGCGGCAAGGGUGCAGCAGGCGCAGCAGGCGCAGCAGGUGCAGCAGGCGAAGAUGGCGACGAGCCCUCAGCCAGCCAGGGCAGCGGCGGCGGCGGCGGCGGGCGGGGCCGCCGCGGCGCGCGCAGCACGCGCGGCACCAGCCGCCUGGCUCAGAAGGGUGGGAAACAUGCCGUGCUGCCGGUGGUGGACGCGGCGCAGGGCGCGGCGCUGGCGACGGGCUGGGCGCCGCUGCCGCUGCCGCUGGGUGGCGGCGGCGGCACGGGGCCCGCCCUGAAAGCGCUGGGGGCGCUGGCGGUUGGGCGGCAGGUGGAGCGGUACUGGCCAGAGGAGGGCGGCUGGUGGCCCGCCGCCAUCUCCCAGUACAGCCAGGCUCGGGGGGAGCACCAGCUGGUGUACAAUGCGGGGGGUGAGGACGAGAGCUUUGAGUGGGUGGACCUGGGAGAGCUGGGGGAGGGUGAGAUACGGGACGUUGCCAGCGCUGGAGCGGCGCCGCAGGAUGCCGAGGGCGCGGCGGCUGCCGCUGCCGCGCUGUUUGCUGGCGGCGAGCCCGGCCAGGAUGAUGGCGGCAUCGGCGGCCUCUUUGACAUGGCUGCGGCGGCAGCGGCAGCGGAGGGGCAGGAGGAUGGGGCGGCAGCGGCGCAGGGCGAGGCGGAGGCGGCGGCCAUGGGGCCUGGCGGCUUCACCGCGCUGCUGGCAGAGGCUGAUGUGGCAGGUGCUGACGUGGCGGGUGCCGAGACGCGGCCAGUAGGGCAGCAGCCGGACGCCGGAAGCCCGCAGCAGCAGGGGCCGGAAGAGCUUGCAGGUCCCGAGCAGCAGGAGCAGGAGCAGGAGCAGGAGCAGCAGUUGCUGACUGUGGAAGUUCUGCGGGCGAUGCUGCCGGCAGCUGUGCACCCUGCGGCGGCUGAUGAGCCGGCAGCUUGCGGGGGCACAGCCCAGGACCUCAAAAUCAGCAAGGAGUGA